CAUGUCAAAGUCAUUGCCAAACAAAUGUCAACAAGGCCUUGGGCAGCUUCUUCGUUUUGUUUUCGAAAUACAUAAAUAUUUUGAGUUCCUAUCAUAUAAUGGCCCACAUACAAUUUGUGGAUGAGCUUGUGCGUGAAUAUCUUCUGUAUCGAGGAUUUACAACAACGGUGAAAGCUUUUGACAACGAUUUGAAGGCAGAUAAAGACAAAGGUUUUAGAGUAGACAAAAUAGUUGAGCAAAUCGUUCACUACAUUAAUGUCUCCGACUUAAAUGGAUUAAAGGAGUAUUGGUCACACCUGGACACCCUCGUGUUUUCAAAAUUAGAGGUCCAUGUUCAACCUGCUGUUAGGAAACUGGAAUACAGCCUGUACAAGUUAUAUUUAGUAACGGCAGCGCAAAGCACGGGUGGUGUGCGAAAUGAAAGGAUUACAGAUUUUCUAUCAAAAAUGUUACCAGAGUUACAAGGACAGAAUGAGUGGAGGGACUGGUUCAUGCUGCCAUUUAUCCAGAAGCCAGAAGAAAGUCCGUCAUUCAGCCUAUACUUCACUCGCGCCUGGCAGGACAGUGUGCUAGUGUCACUGCACAACUUGCUGGCCACCGUGUUCCAGUGCAUGCCGCAGCCCACUCUCACCAGCUACGAGAGUGACGCUGCCAUGGUGAAGAGGCUCCAGGAUAAACUUGCAGCUGUGUCUAGCAAGACCCAGCCACAAACAGUAGAAAAGACGUCUCCAAUUGGUCACCAGUCCCGGCUGUCCCAAUACUCGGAGCGGCUCAGCGGCCCCAUGCCUCUAGUUGACGACUUCUGCGCGGUCCCAUCCGAGCAGCUUGACAGCGGGGUGCGCGAAGCCAAGGGCCUCCGCGGCUUACUACGACAAAUGGGAGGCAGCCCCGUAAUGGGCAGGAAGUCCGGACGAUCUCAUAGCCAAAACUAACUUAUAAGUUCCUGUAUUAUACUGUAAAUAAACAUUCCUCGUUAUUAUUUUGUGAAAGUCAGAUUCUGUGUUAUUUUAUUUUAUGAACGUAAUAUAAUGGUAAUCAAG